CCAAAUCCUUUUCGAACCCUUUUUUAUAUUCCUAUUUCAUGUCAAUCUGUCCCAACGAACACAUUAUAAAUACUCCCACCAGUAUAGUUUCUUCAUUCAUUAAAGCAUUAAACUGUUUUCUCCCCACUUGUUUAUUUUCUUCUUAUCAGUCCUUUUUUCUUGCAUAUCUGUAUUUGCCAAUAACACUCAACAUUCGACGAUUCAAAUUCUUAGAUAUCAAAGUUUGAAAAUGAGUACAAACAAGGGAAGCAAAGAGAGUAGACUUACGAGGUGCAUAAAAGCACCAAUUAGAGUUUUAAUUAAAGCCAGAGACUGUUACGUCCAUAGCUUGAUGGAUUGUUCUGGAAAAAUUGGGUAUGGCAGUGUUAUGGGUGUUCCACAAAUCUCUGCUUUACCGAGAAGUUUCAGUGUAAAUUCAUCUGUAUCUAGUAGCAGGGACGAAGAUUUCAGGGAGCUGGUGCGAAUUGCUUCCAGAAAAAGUCUGGUAAACAAAAUGGAAACAGAGCUUCUGAGACAAAAAUCAAUUGCUAGUAAAAAUGUUGAUGCGGUGCCACGGAGUCGAUCUGUUGCAAUUGGAAGAAUCGAUGAAGAUAAGCCAUGUGAUUUUGGUGACGAUGUGAAAGUGAAUACAGAUUUGUUUCUGAGAAGUAGAAGCUGUGCUGUUUCUUCUAGAAAAACAGGGGUGUUCUGAAACAGAGGAAGAGAAUUUGGAAGAAGGAAACAAGGCUUGCUGUUGUCAAUUAUCUGCUUGACUGUUUCUUUGGAUUGUUUUUGUUAUGCUCUCUCUUUCACUGUUGUUGCAUAUACAUAUUCACUUUGCAGUCAACUUUAUGUGUAUAAUGAUCGCUUUGAUUUCUUUCUGUAAUUGCUUAAAUAAUAGUUAUUACUAAUAAAUAUUUUAUAAA